AUGAGCGGAAGAGGCAAAACCGGAGAGCAAGGCCAGGGCAAGGCAAAGACCCGUUCAUCCCGUGCUGGGCUCCAGUUCCCCGUGGGCCGUGUGCACAGGCUGCUGCGCAAAGGCAACUGCGAGCGUGUGGGCGCUGGCGCACCAGUCUACCUGGCGCCGUGCUCGAAGUACCUGACUGCUGAGAUCCUGGAGUUGGCUGGCAACGCUGCCCGUGACAACAAGAAGACUCGUAUCAUCCCCCGUCACCUGCAGCUGGCAGUCCGUAACGACGAGGAGCUGAACAAACUGCUCGGCGGUGUGACCAUCGCUCAGGGUGGUGUGCUGCCCAACAUCCAGGCAGUGCUACUCCCAAAGAAGACCGAGAAGGCAGUCAAAGCCAAGUAA